AUGGGCGACUUUCAAGGGGAAAUCAAGACGGAAGUUCGCGCCACGAUCGCGGCCGAUCGAGAGGAUAUCGCUCGACAGUGCAGCGAAGCUCAUGGACGAAUCGACUACCAGUUUCGAACCCAGGAGGAGUCACUGGAGAGGAUUCGAAGCGAGCAGCACAAGCUUCCGGCCGAUAUUACUGCUGCUAUCGAGGACCUUAACCGCAGAGUGCUGGAUCGGGAGCACCAGGAGCUGGAGAAAAUGCACACUCGGCUCACAGAAGAGAUGCAGCUCUCAAUCGCCAAUGCGUUCAAGGCUUUGGAACCUGCCAAGGACAGAGAGCAGCGUAAAUUGAGGCAGCACCAGCACAUCGUCGGGCGCAAACUGGCCGAACUGGAUCAAAUGAUGCAACUCAUCGGGCGGCAGCUCAUUCAAAACACGUCCCAGCUGCAAGUGGUGCGCAACGAGCAGCUCGUGCACAAUUUCGAGCUGGACCUGCAGAACGAGGACGCUGGAUAUGACGACGAUGAUCUCCGUGAAGAUACCUCAGAAUUCCGGACACGCCAAUCCCAACACCAAGAACUUCAGGAGCAGCUCGACAAAAAGCUUCGGGACUACAGCCAGGUAUUAGGCUCCAGCCAACGCCAAGCACAGGAAGAUGAGGACAAACCUACGCAGCCACCAAAAAAGUAA